AUGCCUGCAAAAACUAGACCAAUUGCUAAAUUUGCGAAGGCUGUCACUAUGUGUUCAACAGAGGUUUCCGUAUAUGGCAAAUGUGUUGUAGCUGACUACAACUCAGUUCAGAAAGACAAGUGCCUAACCGAAUUUCUCCGGUUGAAAGAAUGCUACAUUGCUUCAUCAAAGAAAUGUUGCUAG